UCUUUUUUUUUGUUUAUAAUUUCAUCAAUUUUAAUAUUAAAAAAUUUAUCAAUCAAUCAAUUAAUCAAUCAAUAAUGGCAUUAACGAAAGAAAUUUCGCAACAAUUACAAGAUAUCGCUAAUCGUUUACGUAUCAAUUCAAUACGUUCAACAAAUGCGGCUAAAUCUGGUCAUCCAACAUCAUGUGCAUCAAUGGCCGAAAUAAUGGCCGUUUUAUUUUUUCGUACAAUGCGUUAUUCAAUAGAUAAACCACGUGGUGCAUCGAAUGAUCGUUUCAUUUUGAGCAAAGGUCAUGCUGCACCAAUUUUGUAUGCUGCAUGGGCUGAAAGUGGCCUUUUUCCUGUGGAAGAUUUAUUGAAUCUUCGAAAAAUUGAUUCCGAUUUAGAAGGUCAUCCAACACCACGUUUGAAUUUUGUCGAUGUUGCUACCGGAUCAUUGGGUCAAGGUUUAUCUAUCGCUGCUGGUAUGGCUUAUGUUGGCAAAUAUAUUGAUAAAGCACCAUAUCGUGUUUAUUGUUUGAUUGGUGAUGGUGAAUCGGCUGAAGGAUCGAUUUGGGAAGCAUUAUCAUUUGCAUCGAAAUAUAAAUUGGAUAAUUUGGUGGCCAUAUUCGAUGUAAAUCGUUUGGGACAAAGUGAACCAACAGCAUUUGGACACGAUAUGCAAUUGUAUAAAGCACGUGUAGAAACAUUUGGUUUCAAUGCAAUUGUUGUCGAUGGUCAUGAUGUUCAGGCUUUGGUUGAAGCUUUUGAUCAGGCUUCUCAAAUUAAAGAUCGUCCAACUGCUGUGAUUGCUCAAACAUUCAAAGGAAAAGGACUUACUGAUGAAAUUGAAGAUAAAGUUAAUUGGCAUGGAAAACCAUUGGGUGAUAAAGCUGAAGCCAUUAUUGCUCAGAUUCAAUCACGAAUCUCAACACCAAAAACAACAUUGAAGCCUGAAUCACCUAUUGUCAAUGUUCCGGAUGUUGAUCUUAGUGUACGAUUGGUGGAACCACCAAAUUAUACGAUUGGACAAAAAGUGGCCACACGUGAAGCUUACGGUACAGCAUUGGUAAAAUUGGGUAAAAGCUGUCCACGUGUUAUCGGUUUGGAUGGUGAUACCAAAAACAGUACUUUCUCUGAUACUUAUCGAAAAACAUUCCAAGAUCGUUUCAUUGAAUGUUAUAUUGCUGAACAGAAUUUGGUUGGUGUUGCAAUCGGUGCCGGUUGUCGUCGACGAACCAUUCCAUUCGUAUCGACAUUCGCUUCGUUUUUCACACGAACAUUUGAUCAACUUCGAAUGGGCGCAAUAUCACAAGCUAAUAUCAAAUGUGUUGGAUCACAUUGUGGUGUAAGCAUUGGUGAAGAUGGUCCAUCACAAAUGGCAUUAGAAGAUUUGGCAAUGUUUCGUGCCAUACCGAAUUCAUUGGUGUUCUAUCCAUCAGAUGCCGUAAGUGUUGAACGUGCAGCUGAAUUAGCUGCACAAUAUCAUGGCAUUACAUUUAUUCGAACAUCACGGCCAGCAACACCAAUCAUUUAUUCGAAUGAUGAAAUAUUUGCUGUUGGCAAAGCUAAAGUGGUACGAUCAUCAAAAAAUGAUCAAAUCCUAUUGAUUGGUGCAUGUGUUACAUUGUUGGAAGCAAUGAAUGCAGCCGAUUUGUUGGCUAAAAAUCAUAAUAUUCAAGCACGAAUUAUCGAUCCAUUUACAAUCAAACCAAUCGAUCGUGAAACGAUUAUCAAAAAUGCUUUAGAGGCUGGUGGCCGUAUCAUUACGAUUGAAGAUCAUUAUCCUGAAGGUGGUAUUGGUGAAGCUGUAGCCGGUGUCAUUGCCGAUAUACCAAACAUCGUAAUGAAACGUUUAGCUAUUCGUGAGAUACCAAGAAGUGGUCCACCAUCUGUAUUGAUUGAAAAAUAUGGCAUUGAUGCAAAAACCAUUGUUAAAAUGGCAUUGGAAAUGAUUGAAAAGAAAUAGUCGUAUAGUAGUAUAUAAGGAAAACAUAUAUUUUCAUGUGUGAAUUGAAUUUUUAAAAUUUUAACAAAUUUUAAUCAUCUCUUUAUAUAUAUCAUUUAA